GAGCCUUCCACCAGCCCGCCAGUACGCCCAGGCCCCCCGUGCCCGCUCCAGCCCCGCGGCCCGCUCUCCCCACCCUUCCCGGCUCGGCUCCCGUCGCUCGCGCAGCCCGCCGCCGCCGCCUCCGCCGCCGCGGGCGGACCCAGCGCUCCGCUCCGCUUGGGUGCGCGCCGCGGCCAUGCAGCGCCGGGGCGCCCUGUUCGGCAUGCCGGGCGGCAGCGGCAACAGGAAGAUGGCUGCAGGAGACAUCGGCGAGCUGCUGGUGCCCCACAUGCCCACCAUCCGCGUGCCCCGGUCCGGGGACAGGGUCUACAAGAACGAGUGCGCCUUCUCCUACGACUCCCCCAAUUCUGAAGGUGGACUCUAUGUAUGUAUGAAUACAUUUUUGGCCUUUGGAAGGGAGCAUGUGGAAAGACAUUUUCGAAAAACUGGACAGAGUGUCUACAUGUACCUGAAGAGACACGUGCAUGAGAGGGUAAGAGGGGCAUCUGGUGGAGCUUUACCCAAAAGGAGGAAUUCCAAGAUUUUUUUAGAUCUAGAUACUGAUGACGAUUUAAAUAGCGACGAUUAUGAAUAUGAAGAUGAAGCCAAACUUGUUAUAUUCCCAGACCACUAUGAAAUAGCACUACCAAAUAUUGAGGAGUUACCAGCCCUGGUAACAAUUGCUUGUGAUGCAGUUCUCAGCUCAAAAUCUCCAUACAGAAAGCAGGACCCAGAUACGUGGGAAAAUGAAUUGCCGGUGUCCAAAUAUGCAAAUAAACUCACCCAGUUAGACAACGGAGUCAGGAUUCCUCCAAGUGGUUGGAAGUGUGCCAGGUGUGACCUGCGAGAAAACCUCUGGUUGAAUCUGACCGACGGCUCUGUGCUGUGUGGGAAGUGGUUCUUUGACAGCUCCGGGGGCAACGGGCAUGCGCUGGAGCAUUACAGAGACCUGGGCUACCCUCUAGCUGUGAAACUGGGAACCAUCACUCCUGACGGGGCAGAUGUUUAUUCUUUCCAAGAAGAGGAACCUGUUUUGGAUCCUCAUUUGGCCAAGCACUUAGCGCAUUUUGGAAUUGAUAUGCUUCAUAUGCAUGGGACAGAGAACGGGCUCCAGGACAAUGAUAGCAAGCCACGGAUCAGCGAGUGGGAGGUGAUCCAGGAGACGGGGACGAAGCUGAAGCCCAUGUAUGGCCCCGGAUACACGGGUCUCAAGAACCUGGGCAACAGCUGCUAUCUCAGCUCUGUGAUGCAGGCCAUCUUUAGCAUCCCGGAAUUCCAGAGAGCGUAUGUAGGAAAUCUUCCAAGAAUAUUUGACUACUCUCCUUUAGAUCCAACACAAGAUUUUAACACACAGAUGACUAAGUUAGGACAUGGCCUUCUCUCAGGCCAGUAUUCAAAACCUCCCAUGAAAUCCGAGCUCAUUGAACAGGUGAUGAAGGAGGAGUACAAGCCUCAACAGAAUGGGAUCUCACCACGCAUGUUUAAGGCCUUUGUGAGCAAAAGCCACCCAGAAUUCUCCUCCAACAGACAGCAGGAUGCCCAGGAAUUUUUCUUGCACCUGGUGAAUCUAGUAGAGAGGAACCGCAUUGGCUCAGAAAACCCAAGUGAUGUUUUUCGGUUUUUGGUGGAAGAACGUAUUCAGUGCUGUCAGACCCGAAAAGUCCGCUACGUGGAGAGGGUGGAUUACCUGAUGCAGUUACCUGUGGCCAUGGAGGCGGCAACCAACAAGGAUGAACUGAUCGCCUAUGAACUAACGAGAAGGGAAGCAGAAGCAAACAGAAGACCCCUUCCCGAGCUGGUUCGUGCCAAGAUACCAUUUAGUGCCUGCCUUCAGGCCUUUUCUGAACCAGAAAACGUUGAUGAUUUCUGGAGCAGCGCCCUACAAGCAAAGUCUGCGGGUGUGAAAACAUCUCGCUUUGCCUCAUUCCCUGAAUACUUGGUAGUGCAGAUAAAGAAGUUCACUUUUGGUCUUGACUGGGUUCCCAAAAAAUUUGAUGUUUCUAUUGAUAUGCCAGACCUACUUGAUAUCAACCAUCUUCGAGCCAGGGGGUUACAGCCAGGAGAGGAGGAGCUUCCGGACAUCAGCCCCCCCGUAGUUAUUCCUGAUGACUCAAAAGAUCGCCUGAUGAACCAGUUGAUAGACCCAUCAGACAUCGAUGAGUCAUCGGUGAUGCAGCUGGCCGAGAUGGGUUUCCCUCUGGAAGCGUGUCGGAAGGCUGUGUAUUUUACUGGAAAUAUGGGAGCCGAAGUGGCCUUCAACUGGAUCAUUGUUCACAUGGAAGAGCCAGAUUUUGCCGAGCCGCUGACCAUGCCGGGUUAUGGAGGAGCAGCUACUGCUGGAGCCUCUGCUGGAUUGGAUAACCAACCUCCGGAGGAAACUGUAGCUCUCAUUACCUCCAUGGGAUUCCAUCGAAAUCAGGCUCUUCAGGCGCUACGAGCAACGAAUAGUAACCUGGAAAGAGCACUGGAUUGGAUCUUUAGCCACCCUGAGUUUGAGGAGGACAGUGACUUUGUGAUCGAGAUGGAGAAUAACGCCAAUGCGAACAUUAUUUCUGAAGCCAAGCCUGAAGGACCUAGAGUCAAGGAUGGAUCUGGAAUGUAUGAAUUAUUUGCGUUCAUCAGUCACAUGGGGACAUCUACAAUGAGUGGACAUUAUGUUUGUCACAUCAAAAAGGAAGGAAGAUGGGUGAUCUACAAUGACCACAAAGUUUGUGCCUCAGAAAGGCCCCCUAAAGACCUGGGCUACAUGUACUUUUACCGCAGGAUACCAAGCUAAACCUCAGACGUACAAAUUGGCGAGAAGAAGCCAUACACCUUUUUAAUUUGCCAAAAAAAAAAAAAAAAAAAAAAAAAAAGUAAGAAGUUGGGACAGCCAGACAUGAGGGAAUACAUGGGGUAUUUAUAGUUUAUUUAAAGAACAUCAUUUGAUGCCUUCUGAAGUAGAACUGGGAGGAAAUUUCUAUUAGUGAUGAUACACUACUGUAGAUAAUUUUUCUUUUUAUAAAUGUUUAAGAAGAGGAUGGUUAAAAAAAAAAGUAUUCCUGUUGCUGGUGGGGGAUCUGCCACUGGCACAUCAAAAGCAGGAAGUGCCGUCAGUCCUCUGUUUUGCUUUGUGGCCUCCAGAGGAACCAAGUAAUGGGGCCAGUUGUGUCGCCUACCCACCAUAAACAAAAAGCCCACUUUCGUUUCAUAUCGAAAAUCAGUAACUGGGCUGGGCUUUAUUUGUGACAUAAGUUUUUUCAUGACACACAAUGAUUUCUGACCUCUCCAUGUAGAGUAGAACAUCUACAAUGAAAGAUAUUUUUAAUUUAAUCAUAUCAAAAUUCAUAAUACGAGUGUGUGAAUGUGUGUGAGAAUGCGACUGAGAGUGUGAGACCUUUACAGUCAACUAGAAAAUCUGUGAUGGGUUGGUUUUUAAAGGUUAAAAUAGUUGGUAGUAAGCAUAGCUGGAAAAAGCAAGUCAAUAUUUUAAAGAAACUCUAACUCAGGAACAGUUUAAAAAAUUAGUUUCCCGCUUAGAUUUUCAGGCGUAAAAAGGGCUGUUGUCCCUUUCAGUGCUGUCCAGAAUUCAGUUGGGUUUGUGACAUUUGGUCGUAUGAACGCAGAUGCCCCCAGCAGCACAGUGUUGUUCUUUGCCAAGAUAAUUCUGUUUCUCAGCAACCCUUCCCCCAAGGCAUAGUCGUGUGUACUGUUAGUUAAAAUAGCUGAUCUCUUCUUACGAUGACACAUGACAACUCCCUGGAAUCAUGUUAAGUGCCCCAAAUUUGUCUGUAGUUUUCUCAUCCCCCAGCUCUUUGCUUGCCUUCAUUUCUGUGUGUUCUGGGGCCAGAGUCUCAUCUCUGCCCUUUGUUGGCUAAUCACCUCCUGACUUGCCUUCACUGCUUAUCUGCUGUGACCAACAGUGUGAUCUUCAGCAGUUUAAGGGUUUCAGAUGCAAAGAAACUUUAUAUGACACUAUGAAAGACCAUCGUUUCUGUUUCGGUGUUUCAGCAUUUUAGUUGCAACCUGGGAUUAGAUCAGAGUUUCAGAUGUGAUGAAAAAGUAGAAUGAUAGUGCUCUGUAAUUUUCCUACUGCUCUGUACCAAAUGCUAGGGUCUCUGGAAUUUCUAUUUCAGAUUAUUCAGUCAAAUAAAAAAGGACUUAUUGCUGUCUGCUUAAUAUGCAUUUGGUUGGUAGAAAGGAUCUUUCUGGAGACUGUAGGAAAAUAAAGUAGAACCAACUAGGUGAAAUACAGCACAGAAUUCCACAAUUCUGUGAAGUCUGGAAGUUGGAUUAUGACAUGUGAGUUAUGAACAAUCAGGGCUCUGGUUAUGAUUGGGGCCCUUCUCACAGGAGACAUGAGCAAAGGAUGCAGAGCCCGAGGCCUGUGACCCGUGGACCUGGGUGCGGCCCGUAGCUGGGCAAGUACCUCAUCUUUCCUUGUGUGCACAAUGGUGUGAUGACCCCUGUCCUCUCUUUCCAACUGUGCUUUGAGGAUCUGGUGAGAUCUGAUACUCUGACCCUUUGAAGAGCAGCGGGUGGGGUGCCCAGUGGGUGGGCCCUAGUAGAGCAUGCCUCCUCUCCUCUCUCCUCUGACGUUUUCUUCAGUUCGGGAACCAAUGAGAUUGGCAGAAGACGGGAGCUCAUGGGGCAGUAACUCUCUACUAAACUCUGCCCACUGGUGUCACCUUUUCACAUUGUCUUGGACACCCCAAAGCAGCCCCGCUCGGUGACACGAGUCCCUGAUUCCUGCAGAAACCCCCAUGCUAAACAGCCUUACAGAGUCCCGUUUCCUUAGGGCUGAGUACCAUAGAAUAGUGACUCCAAACACAUCAAAAGUGACUUCUUGGGCCUCCCUGGUGGCGCAGUGGUUGCGCGUCCGCCUGCCGAUGCAGGGGAACCGGGUUCGCGCCCCGGUCUGGGAGGAUCCCACAUGCCGCGGAGCGGCUGGGCCCGUGAGCCAUGGCCGCUGGGCCUGCGCGUCCGGAGCCUGUGCUCCGCAACGGGAGAGGCCACAACAGAGGAAGGCCCGCAUACCACAAAAAAAAAAAAAAAAAAAAGUGACUUCUUUUCACCACUAUAACAAAGUGAAGGCCUUUUCUGGGGGUGGGAGGGGGAUUGGGGCUUUGGAUUGAAAUGUGGACAAAGAUAGCAUGUGUAUUUUGAGCAAAUUAAAAAAUUUUAUAAAAUUUUGCAAAGUGAAUGGUGUAAAGUCAGUAUAUAAGAUUACAGGCUACACAUUACUUAAUUCAUUAAGCAGAAAAAAGAAAUUUAGCCCUUUUGAUACCUAAACCUAUCGUAAGAAGGUGGAAUAUGGCUGCCUUUUUUUUUGCCUCACAAGACAAAGGGCUAUUUCUACAAGGCAAAGUUUUGUAUAUGUGCUAUUCUUUAUUUCAGAUUGAGAGUUGGGAAAACUGGAGCAAAUAUUGGUUUUCUUUCAUGCUUAUAAAUGUAUUUGUAUAUCUUAAUAUAUUCAAGGCAGGCUUCCCUGGAAUCCAAGUGUGGAAUACACUGCUUAAUUUUACACAUGUAUGUAGAUGAGAUUAUUUAUGACUGAAAACUGGAAUAAUGUGUGUAUUUUGUCAACUGAUCAUCAGCCUGUUAGGAGUCUUCUGUGUGAGGUGUGGUGGUGUAAUUGUGAAAAUUUUCACUGCGUGGGUGUAUGUGUGAAAGAGAGCACUUUCUUCCUGUAAAUAUCUUUUGAUAUCCAUUUGUGCAAAAUCCUGAUGAAUGUGUCUUUGGAAAAUACAGCGUAUCAAAGUUUUCGUUUUGUCAAUUGAUCUAAAUGCCCACAUAGCUAAUCAAAAAUCCAGUUUGGUUCAGAUUGGGAUUUUUUUUCAAGGGGAGAAAAAGUAUGGAGGAAGGACUAUUAAAGAAGAGUCAUGUUUCAAUGCCAUUUUAUGUCAACAUUGCUUUAAUGUUCUGAAUUGACUUGCUGUUUUCUCUCACCUACAAGAGAAUGUGCUUGCCAUUCCCCCGUGUUCACCGUGGGCUGUAGGGUGUAGCUUGAGCCUGCUACUCCCGACGUUGUUUUUUCCCUUGACCUGAACUGGAUGGAGCCUUAUCUGCAAUUCAUAGUGAGAGCACCUGCGUUUGUAGCCCGACUCCACUUCUAAGUGGGAUGGGGCCGAGUCCCUUUACCUCUCUAGGCCUUUUUCCUUAAAAUGAGUGGGUUAGACCAGAUAAGCUCAAAAGUCCCUUUCUGUCCUAACAUUCGGGUCUAUUUUUAUUUUCCUGCAGUUACUACCUUGGUCGGACAUGUAAGAUGCGAGGGAUCACAUAGAGGUUAGAUGUUAUGGUUCUGGUUUGUUACAGCUCUCGCACCCCACUUCAGAACCUGCCUCGUUUUUAGUGUUUGCCACCCCAACUUCUAGUCCCAAUUUCUUGGGUAAUUACUUUCUUUGGUGAUUAUCCCAUUUUUUUUCUCCCACUCCUGAAACUCUCCACUUCCCAGUCGGUAAGGUACUUUGUUACCAUCUUCCUCAAAAAUGAAAAAUCUAUUUAAAACACCUCCUGCCCUGACAAACCUCAGAACUACCUUCCGCUAACUCUGUAACCUUUCUGGAGUAUUAUCUUACUCUAGCUGAGUUAUAGCUAUGAUCCUCAAAUAAGUUUUUCUACCACAGAAAGGAUGUCUUUUCAUCUGGUAGGCAUCACUGUUGCUCCAUGACAUCAUCCGUGUGGGCCAUCAACGGGGAGAUGGCCAGUGUUGGAAGCAGGAUAGGGGGAUAGGAUUAGAUAAAAUGUGAUUCUAUCCUUCACCUAAGGUCAAAAAUCCUAGGUUACAGAACAAGAUUCUGUUACCCUUAAGUUGAUGUAUAAGAUCGCCCACACAAUGUCAUGGAGAUUCCCUACUCAGGAAAUCAUCCUGAAAGAGUUUGUGUUAUAAUUCUCUAGAUCUGUGCUGUUCAGUACAGUUGUCCAUGGCCACAUGUGGCUAAUGACCUCCGGAAAUGUGGCUUGUGCACAUUGAGGUUGUGCUGUACACAGGAAAUGCACGCCAGAUUUGGAAGGCUUGGUACCAAUAAAAGGGAAUGUAAAAUAUUGCAUCAAUAUUUUAUAUUGAUUAUAUGCUAAGAUGACCAUAUUUUAGAUACAUCAAGUAAGAUGAUAUUAAAGUUUCACUUAUUCCUUUUGAUCUUUUUUUAAUGUGGCUACCAAAUAAAUUGAAAUUAGACACGAGUUGUACUCUGUUGGACAGUGCUCUCCAGACCAGGUGACGUGAGGAGGCAGCGAGGUGCCGUAGGUAUGGAAGGGGAUUCUGCGAAGCAUCCAGACAGACAGAAGCAGCACAAACAUGUUUUUUGGAGUCGGGAGCAAUGUGAGGCACAGAAUGCCUUCCAGAAAGCAGA